CUGCAGUUCACAUAUGAUCAGUAUAGUUUUGCUGUCGCCUUCACCAGGUUAUGGCAAUGUGCAACGAUCUCAUCGACGAAUUUCCACAUAUUAAUCAUGAUCGGAAAAUAUAGUUUAAUUUUCAUUUCAAUUUUUAUUUUUCCUCAUAUUCUCCAUUGUAAUGGAAUUCAGUACAAGCAAAGGCUUAUAGAGAGAAGAAAUCGCAUGAUUCAGAGAAGAUUGGCAGUUCGGGAAGAAAAUGCUCCGAAAGUGUGUUUUGACUUGGUCGGAUGUUUUGCCGAUCCACCGCAAUAUUUAAGUUUGAAGCGACCACCGCAGCAUCCAAAUGAAAUAAAAACUCGAUUCUUGUUGUACACCCGCGAGGAGAGGAACAAUCCGGAAAUCAUUAAUUAUGGCGAUAAGGGACAAUCGAUUCGUAAGUCGAGAUAUAAUGCCACAAAGGGACUGAAAAUUGUAAUCCACGGUUACAAGGGCAGUGGGAGUGAUUCCGGUGCUAUAAAGGGAGCCCUCCUCCUUCUCGAUUUGGAGGACACGAAUGUUAUUCUUCUCGACUGGACGAAAGGCGCGGGAGCUUCGUACAGUACGGCCGUGGCGAAUACCGAAUUGGUUGGUCGGCAACUCGCUCUGAUUUUGUUGGACGUUCUCAACAGUGGAACGAAUCCGAAAAAAAUUCACGUCGUUGGUUUCAGUUUAGGAGCUCACGUGGCCGGCUGUGCUUCGGAAAUUUUGAAAAAACGGAAUAUUUUACUUGGUCGCAUCACGGGCCUGGAUCCUGCUUCGCCACUAUUUAGAACCCAUCUUCUGAGGGAAAGAGCAAGAAAACUCGAUUCGUCCGACGCCGAUCUCGUCGACGUGAUCCACACUGACGGCUCGAAAGAUUUUGCCGAUGGAUUCGGUCUUUUGAAACCAAUCGGACAUAUUGACUUCUUCCCGAAUGGAGGCAGGGAACAGCCCGGUUGUAGCGAUGUGAAAAAUUCUGUUGUCGUCAGUCAUCUGAAUGAGGACUUCCUCGAUGGAAAUAUUGCGUGCAGUCAUGUGAGAGCCUGGCAACUUUUUGUCGCGAGUCUCGAGAGUCAAAAAGGAGAAUGCAAAUUGACAGCGUGGCCGUGCAGAAAGGGGGGAAUAUCAUUUGCCGUAGGAAGUUGUUUUCCACCAUUGGGAACUGAGUGGAUACAGGAAAUGGGAUAUGCGGCUGACCACGGUCCCAUGGGCGUUUAUUACUUGGUUACCAGGGAUGAAGAACCAUUCUGCGGUGAACCGUUCCGAGCCAUUGUCGAGACGAUCCAAGGAACACCGAGGACUAGGGGAUCUCUAUUUUUGAAAAUUGAACACGGAAAUUCGUCGACGCUAUUUAAGAUACCGUGCGACAAUUUUGGCAGAAGGAAUCAAACGUUUAAUUUCGCAAAUAUUGCAGCGACUAAAUUUCAAUCAAUUUCAAAGAGCACUAGUGAAAUAAAUGGAAAAAUGUGGUACAAGCCUGAAACGGACGAAGCUGAGAAUAAUAAUACUACUACAGCGGAACCUGUGGGUCAUACGAUAUUUGUUAAUAAAAUUUAUAUUGAAAACCGAAGAGGCAAUAGGUGGGAGUCUUGCGUAUGGAAUACUGCCGUAGAAAAUGUCGAACAAGAUUUAAUAUUGCGAAACGGUAAUUGUGUUUCGUAAAACAGUGAUUAAUAUUACUUUACUUUAAAAUAACAUACAAAUAAUGUUGUUGACAAAAGCAGAAAAUGUUUUUAAAUAAAAGUAUUUAAAUAAGUAGAAACUU